AUGGCACUUAACAACUCAAUAGCGGGUGGUGAGUCAUUGCAGCGUCAGAUUAAUGACCAGGUCAUUAUAGUGCAGAUAGUGGUGGUCAUUUUCCUUUGCAUCAACUUGUUGCUAAUUGUGACUUUUUUUUCAAAAGAGUUCUUCUACACAACAAUGCGCUACAUCUUAUUUGCUGUUACACUACUGUCUGAUAGCAUAAUAUUAAUUAUAUCUGAUAUCCUGCUAAUUUUUAGCUAUUUUCAAUGCACUAUGCAAGUUGGCUUAUGUGUUGUUUUCUAUAUUAUUUCUGUGUUAUGCACUUUUGUCACACCAGUUACUCUGACAGCAAUGACGCUGGAGCGCUACGUGGCCAUAUGCAUGCCCCUGCGCCAUGCAGAGCUGUGUUCCACACGCAGCACUAUGCACUGCAUCCUCAUCAUUCACAGCCUCAGCUUUGUACCCUGCAUUGUUAUUGUGUCUACCUUUGUUGCAACAGCCUCUCAUAGCUUGUAUAUGCAAUACAGGAAAUGCUCCAUGGAUAUGUUUGUCUUUCUCCAAUGGCAGAAUCAUGUUAAAUUAGCUGUAUAUCAGUUUUACUUCUUGAUCAUGUGUAUCAUCAUUGUAUUCUCUUAUGUUAAAAUAAUGAAGGUGGCCAAAGCUGCAUCAGGAGAAGAUAAAAAGUCAACAAAAGGGCUGAGAACAGUAAUUCUUCAUGCUUUCCAGCUGCUCCUCUGUCUCAUCCAGCUGUGGUGCCCAUUUAUAGAAGCUGCACUGCUUAAGAUUGAUUUAAUGUUAUAUGUUUAUGUCAGGUACUUUAAUUACAUAACAUUUAUUCUUGCUCCUAGAUGUCUGAGUCCUCUCAUUUAUGGCCUCAGAGAUGAAAAGUUUUUUCUUGCAUUAAAAUACUAUGUCAAACUUGAAUUUCACUGCGUAAAAAGCAAUAUGCCGAUUGGUUUUGUUUGA